AUGUCUGUUUCUCACUCGGACGUAUCACUGAGAUGUCCAAAAAUGAUCUGGGCUGUGUUGUGUGUUCGCUUGGCUGCUGCUACUUUCGUAUCCGAUCCCGAAUUUGUUCCAUCCAAAGAAACCGACGAGUAUUACUUCCAGCCGGGGGAUUUUAUACUUGGCGGCCUCUUUUCGUUCCACCAGGGACCUCGGGGUGCGACGUGCUCACAGAACGUCUCUGAAGAGUUUUUGAUGUGGUUGGAGACCAUGCUGUUCGCUAUUCAGCAGGUGAACAGACGAACGGACGUGUUGCCUGACUUGAAACUGGGUUUCUACAUCCGUGACGACUGUCUGGACGAAGAAAUGGCGAUGUGGAGCGCGCUGAAGAUUGCACAAGGGAAUCCUGUGACGGGGAACCUUAGCAUGCAGCUCGACGGCACCGGUACUGGGCAAAUAGUUGGGAUUGUCGGGCCAGCGAAUAGCAGGCGAAGCAUCUACGCAGCUAAAGUGGGAUCUCUCUAUCACCUGCCUGUCAUGUCUAUCUACGGAACUAGCGUAGAGCUUGGAGAUCACAACCGAUUCCCGUACUUCUUGAGAGCCGUGCCGCCGGACAAUUACCAAGUCGAGGUCAUUCUGGACAUCUUGCUUGCCUUCGAUUGGAUUUACACGGCUCUGAUAUCCUCCAUGGAUACAUACGGGAUCAAUGGAGGCACGGAGCUGAUGACCCGAGCUGGAUCGAGAGGUGUGUGUUUCGCAUUCUCGUAUCACCUUUCGAUUCGGCCUUCUGCCGCCCAACUUGACGAACUUGUGAGUCAAAUCCGCGAAUUGAAAGAACUGUCCGUUAUUGUCAUGUUUGCUAAUUUUAACGUGGUAUUGCAAGUACUUGAAGCCGUAAGAGAAUCAAACAUAGACAGGCGAAUCAUUUGGAUCGGUACAGAUGCUUGGCCGCAUGCAUACCUAACCAGCCACCCGGUGCUUGCCCCAGUAGUUGCUGGAAGCAUCAUGGUGCGUCUUUACAAGGCAGACGUUCCUGGUCUCCACGACUACAUCUCAUCGAAGGAUUCGCGUUUCACGGAGGUCAGCCCGUGGAUGCAGGAGUGGUGGGAUUCUCACCCUGGCUGUACGAACCUGAGCCAGUGUCCAGUCAACGCUGAGGGGAACGAUGUGGCUAUCGUCCACUGCGUCUACGCGUUUGCCUACGCCCUGGACGCCUACGUGAAUACCAAUUGCCAAGGGUCGAGCGACUGCCUGAUCGACAGGAGCAUUCUGAUGGAUUUUCUGCACAAUGUCAGCUUUGAUGUUGGCAUGGGACAUUUUAGAUUCGACGCGGACGGAGAGCCGACGGGCCGUUACCUCCUCAAGCAGAUUCAGUAUCGCAACAAGGGGUACGCGCAGGUUGACAUAGGAGAAUGGGAUACCACUAUCUACGAGAGACACGAACGCCUGACUCUUGACCGUUCCAAACUGAAGUGGGAAGACGGUUGGGACGGGCCUCCCAGCUCGGUCUGUGCCGAGCACUGCGGUCCGGGAUACAUCCCCGUGGGUCUGCCCUCCAAGUGCUGCAUGGGGUGCACCCCGUGUCUCUGGGAACAGAUCGUCAACGGCACCGAAUGCUUGACCUGUCCCGAACGCCAGACUCCCAGCGAGAACCGAACUGUCUGUGUGGAUAUCAUCCCUCGUGGUGUCAACUGGGAACAUCCGAUAGUUCUCACCACCGUCAUCCUCGCCGUGCUAGGUUUGAUCCUAGUCGCUGUGACCGUUGCUGGGCUUCUCUAUUACUGGGACCACGUGCUCAUCAAGGCCUGUAGCCGUGAGUUGUCGGUAGUCAACAUCCUGGGCGUCACGCUAACUUUCUCCACCACCUUCCCGCUGUACGCUACUCCUACCGUGGUCUCCUGCACGGUGUCCGAAGUCAUGAUGUCCUGCUCCAUCACGAUGCUGUUUGCCACGUCGUUCUUGAAGGCAAACCGCAUCUAUCGCGUCUUUGAAGCCGGUCAGAAGACCCUCAAGAAGCCCCGAUUGAUCUCACCCAGAUACCAGCUAGCUCUGGCCCUGAUCUUGAUAGCCAUUCAGGUUAUUAUAUCAACCGUAGCCAGCGUGUUGAACCCUACCAAGCCCUCGGUGCCUCCCAGGUCUCCAUGGGAACUGUACUGCCCAUUCACUUACAACAUCUUGGUGAGUAGUUUCUACAACCUGGUGCUGGUCCUGCUGUGCUGCUAUUUCGCCUUCAAGGCGCGCAAGGUACCAGACAACUACAACGAGUCCCGGUUCAUCUCAAUCAGCGUGUACUCCAUGGUGCUGGUGUGCCUGGUGGCUGUGCCAGUCUACGUCACGGCCCGCGAAACUCUGCUUAAAGUCGCCACGUGGUCCUUUGCCUUUGUCUUCAACGGUUUCUUAACUUUGGUCUUCGUUUACCUGCGCAAGCUGUACAGCUGUCGGUUCAGGAGACCAGAGGGUCAGCAAGCAUCUCUGGGGGACGACAGCAACCACGGGGCCGUGAAUCGGACAUUCAGCCGUGGAGGAGAAAAACUUUUCACACGUACAACUACAAUCUGUCCAAGUGUUCAAAUUUAA